AUGCGUUUCCAUGGUUCUUCCAUUUUGGGCGACCUUGAAACUGUUCCUAACAAAUCGACAGUAAAUAUACCAGUUCCACCAACUAUAGAAACACCGAUUACCACUGGUCCCCCCAAACCGAACUCAUCUUCUAUAAAACCAGCUUCGAGCAAUGCGCCACCUCAGUCUCCAGAAAGCAACUCUUCGAAAUCUGUCGAACCUCGAAAACCGAAAAAAUCAUUUUGGGUUAAAUUCAAAGAGGAGCUUGUUCACUACUACCAUGGUUUCCGCCUUCUUGGGUUGGAGACAAGAAUCGCCUCUGGUAUCUGCUUUCAAUUACUGACGGGGAAAACAUUAACAAGACGUGAACGAAAUCAGCUCGUAAGAACGGUCGCUGAUAUUACUCGACUAGUACCCUUUGCUAUCUUCAUAAUUGUUCCAUUUAUGGAACUCUUGCUGCCAGUCUACCUCAAAUUUUUCCCUUUUAUGUUACCCAGCACUUUCAAGGAGAAGAGUAAAGAGGAAGAAAAAAUGCGCCAAAAGUUAAAGGCAAAGCUAGAAAUGGCACGCUUUUUGCAGGAGACUGUGAUGAAGACUACAAGUAAUGCCAAGAAAGGCAAGGACAUUCCAACCAUUGGCGAAUUUCAGGAAUUUUUAAAGACAGUUCGCCAGUCGGGUCAGCUUGCUAACACCACCGACAUUGUUCGUUUUUCUCGCCUGUUUGAGGACCAGGUGACGUUAGAUUCAUUGAGCCAUGCUCAACUGAAAGCAUUGUGUCAGUUAUUGGAAAUUAACUCCAUCGGCCCGAGUAACUUUCUGCGCUUCCAGCUGUGGCUUCGCGUUCGCCAACUACGAACUGAAGACAAGUUGAUCGCGAAGGAAGGCGUCGACCAGAUUCCUCCAUGGGAACUGCAGACCCUUUCGCGUAACCGCGGAAUGAGAUCUCUCGGCCUGACGACUGAGCGUUUGCGUAGUCAGCUCAGUCAAUGGCUUGAACUUCACUUGGAGAAAGACGUCCCAAUCGCGCUGCUUCUACUUUCCAGGGCCAUGUACCUACAAGACACAACUCUUCCACCGGAACAACAACUUCAGCAUGUGAUCUCCGUGCUUCCGGACUCGGCGGCAGAGGAGGCGGCGGUGAAGGCGGUCGAUUCGACCGAGGACGUUGACCCGAAGACGAAGAUGGAAAUCCUGCGCAAGGAGCAGGAGACCAUCAAAGCCGAACGCGCAGCCGCACGCAAGGAGGCGAAGGAGCUCGCGCGCAAGGCCGCCGACGCCAUGAAACUAGAGACCCUCGUCGACAAGACGGAGACCCUCGAGUCGCGAUCCUCUGAGGAGUGUGAGUCACCCUGUUUUUUUUACUUCACCUUGCUGCACACAGUCUACCCGUUUUAG